CCUAUUCACAGCAGACCAUUAUCUGCGCAACAGGAGCCUGGGAGGGGAAACGGCGCAAGGUCUGUGCGCUGUGCCGGACAGCAGAGCGAAAACUUCUCCUUCACAAGUUACCGAGAAGAGAAUAAAUACAACAAAACCAACAUGAGUCUGCACGGCUCAAAUUCCAAACUGGCCACCAUGGGCCAGAGAAGCAAUUCGCGGCCGGAUUUGGCGAGUUCCAGUUUUCGGAACGAGGUUUUCCUCGGUGGAAACGGCUUCCAGGGUGAUUACCAAGUAGGAGGGGACGUCGGCUACACCAGCUACUCCUUCUCCCGGGGCUCCCUGCCCGGCGGGGGGUUCGGGGGACAGAAACUGCCGGUCAGCAUGGGGGCGAGCGCAGGUGGAGGAAUGAGCAUACAGGCCAUUCAGCAGAGAUCCAUAUACCUGACCAGCCAAUGUAACGAAUACCUGCAGAGGGCCAAGAUGAUGUUGCAGGGUGGCGCUCCAGCCAUGGAGACGGAGAAGCUGAUGAUGAUGGCCGCAGAGACCUUGGAGCAGCUGAAGGUCUGCGGCCGAGAGCUGCAGCAGAUGCGCAUCCAAAAUGAUGUGUUCAGAAGUGUUGAACAGCUCCAGAACAUGCACGGCGCCAUCCAACAGCAACUCUUCAGUAGUACGACCCUGAGGCCCAACAGGGGCAGUGUGGGCUCCCUCGAUGGGGGGCGGGUCUUUAAUGACGCCAUGGCCUGGAUCACCCAGCAGAAGCGUAUGAUCGAGACGGGGCCGUGGGGGGACGACUCCGCCACCAUAGAAAAGCAAAUCCUCGGUCACAACAAAACUCACAGCUCCAUUCAGAGGAGUCAGGAAGUAGACCGAGCCCGAGAUGAACUGAGGGGCGACAAGUACAACCUCUCCAUCCUGGAACAAGAAUGGGAAAGCUUGCAGAAAAUGUCCCACAACCGCGUGGGUCAGCUGCGCGACCUUCAGGGCAUCAUCGAGGAGAUCUCCCGGGCCAUCAUGUGGGUGAAUGAGAGAGAGGAGGAGGAGCUCAUGUUUGACUGGGGAGACAAAAACAUCGACCAGUACAUCCCCAAGAAGCAAGAGAGCUACUCGAGGCUGAUGAGGGACCUGGAGGAGAAGGAGAAGGAGCUAAACAAGCUGAAGGUGAAAGCAGAUGGACUCCUGACCAACAACCAUCCUGCCUCGGAUAAGAUUGAUGCCUACAUGGAUACCUUACAGACUCAGUGGAGCUGGCUUCUUCAGAUCACCAAGUGCAUCCACGUUCAUUUGAAGGAGAAUGCCGCCUACAGCCAAUUUUUCAAGGAGGCCGAUGACACCUACUCGAAGCUGAAGAAGGAGCUCGAGACUAUCCGCAGCAAGUUCACCUGCGACAAGAACACCCCCAUUGACAACCUCACUGAUCUCCUGAAAACCCUAGAGAAAGAGAAGGAGAGAAUUAUGGAAAAUAAGAGGCAGGUCCACAGUCUGGUCAACAAGUCCAAGACCAUCGUCAGGCUGAAACCUCGCAACCCUGAGGAGAAGAGCAGCGGCCCCGUCAUAAUCGAGGCUAUAUGUGACUUUAAACAAGACCAGAUUGGGAUUCUGAAAGGGAAUGAGGGCAUCCUGAAGGACAACUCUCAGCGCAGCAAGUGGCUUGUGACGGGACCUGGAGGUCUGGACAUGCUGAUUCCCUCCGUGUGUCUGCUCAUUCCCCCACCGAACCCGCUCAGCAUUGGCCUCGCCAACAAGAAUGAGCAGUAUUAUGAAGCCAUCAUGGGCAUUUGGAAUCAGCUCUACAUCAACAUCAAGAGUCUCAUCUCAUGGCAGUUUUGCCUCAAAGAUAUGACUUACAUCAACUCUCUCACUGCCAGCAUGCUGUCCAAGAUGCGUCCUGAGGAGUACCGCAACAUCAUCAAAAGACUGGAGACUCACUACCAAGAGUUCUUGCGCACCAGCCAAGGUUCCGAGAUGUUCGGGGAGGAGGACAAGAAAACCAUCCAGGGCCACUUCGAUAAAGCCCAGAACCACUUCGAUACGAUCAUCCACCUGCAUACUAACAACAUUAAAGGGGAAAAAGUGGGGAAGUCUGAAACCCCAAAACCUACUACCAAUACUCCGCCUCCCCCGACCAGCUCCACCCUCAGCGUUACCCUGCUCAACAGUCUGCAAGAAAUCCGACGCAGGCUGGAGCUGGCUGAGUCUGGCCUCACCAGUCAUCUCCACGUUCCCCUGGGCGAGAACAGUGUGCACGAGUGCUCUGUACACAUCCAGAAGUUGCAGACUGUGCACCAAGAUUUGGACUCCAUCCAUGAUGAGUAUCUGCGCCUGAGAGAAAUGAUUAUAAAGCAGCUGAAAGGGAUACCUGCGGAUUCCGAGCAAGCCAAGUUCCUCAGCUCUGAACUCGAUAUCAUCAACCAAAAAAUGGGGGGCCUGAAUGGUCUGUACUCGGCCUACCUUGAAAGACUGUCGGCUCUUAAGUCCUUGCUGCAGAGCCUUGUCCAGGCCGAGGAUAUCAUUAAAGUCAUGGAAACCCGGCUCACAGAGAAGGAGACCACCUCCCUGGACCUCCGGGAGGUGGAAGACUAUCGGAGCACACUUAAGCAAAUGAAGAGUGACCUGGAACAAAAAAGAGACCUGCUAACAUCCAUGGAGUCCGACCUGGCUAAAGCAGUACACUGCAAUGGUCAAAUCUCCGGGUCCUUCCACAGGUGUGACGUGGACUUGUCCAAAUACUCUGACCUGUUGGGUCAGAUGUCCGACCGCUGGCGCCGCAUCCAAACCCAGAUUGAUAGCAGAAUGUGGGACAUGGAGAAGCAGGAGAAACAGCUGAAGCAUUAUCAGCAGAGCAGCACUUCCAUGGAACAGUGGAUAGACAAUGCCCGGAAGCGCCAGGACACCCUUCAGAUGGUUAAGCUCAGUGACAUCCAGACCCUAAUGGACCACCUCAACCAACAGAAGGUACUUCACACUGAAAUUAAAGGGAAGAAGGAGAAAGUUGAGGAUGUGCAGAAAAAUGCAGACACCUGUGCUACGUCCAUAAAGGACUAUGAGCUGCAGCUGGCCUCCUACAGUUCAGGCCUGGAAACUCUGCUUAAUAUUCCUAUCAAGAGAACGAUGCUUCAGUCGCCCGCAUCUGUGGUCAGAAAAGAGGCGUCCGACAUCCAGUCCAACUACAUCGAGCUUCUUACCCGCUCUAGUGACUACAACAAGUUCCUAGGGGAGCUGCUGAAGAACAUGGAGGAGCUGAAAAUCAGGAACACCAAUAUUGAGAUGCAGGAGGAGCAACUGAGGCGUCUGAAGGAAGAUCUUCAGGAUCAUAAUCAGAAGAACAAGUCUCUGGAAGAAAUGUUGGCCCGCUACAAACUGGAGCUCACUCAAUCAAAAGAACAGCUCAUCUCUAUGGAGGAAGUGAAUGAUCAGUUGACCCGCAUCAAAUACCAGCUAGAGGAAGAAAAGAGGAAAAAGAGGCUUGCAGAGGAGCGCUACAGCAGCCAGCAAGAAGAGUAUGAGGCGGCCGUUCGCCGCAGACAGAAGGAACUGGAAGAGCUCAACUGGACCAAGAUUGACUUAGAGAAAACUGUGAAGGACAAGGAACGUGAAUUGGAGAGACUGAAGAUACUGCUCGAGGAGGAGGCGACUCGUCGACGAAAUGCUGAAUCGGAUAUCUCAAAGGUAAGAACACAGAGCACCCAGGAGAUUAACCAACUAAAGCAGACAUAUGAGGCAAGCAUCCACGUUACCAAGACCACAAUCCUGAAAGCCUCACAACAGAAAGAAGAAGACACUGCAGAGCUGAGAGUGCAAAUUGACAGACUCACUGCUGAGAAGAGAGAUUUAGAGGAUGAGCUGAGGAGACUGAGACAGUCCAUUGCUCACACAGAAGAGCAGAAAAGCAGAGCGGAGCAGGAGGCAAGCCAGCAGAGGGCCUCAGUAACACAAGAGACAAGGAUGCGCAGUGAGCUAGAGGUGCAGCUGAGAAGUCUCACACAGCAGAGAGGAGAAGAUGAGCUCAAAUUAAAGGAAGCCAACAAAAACAGCCAGGAAAAGGCCAGGCAGAUCAGCAUGCUGACAUUUAACCUGGAUGAGGAGGGGAAGAAGAGGAGAGCUCUGGAAUUGGAAAUCAAUCACCUGAAACAGGCUGAGGCGGAGCUGAGGGCCAAGAACUCCUCCUAUCUGGAGGCAAUUAACAAGCUCAAAGUGUCUGAGCAAGAGAUCCGCAUUACCCGAGUGGAGCUGGAGAAGCAAACCAGUGAAAAAACAAAAGUUGAGCAGGGUUCUGCCCGGCUGCAGAGCCGUAUCCGGGAACUUCAGUGCUCGCUGGAUGGGACGGAAGCUGAAUUGGAGAAGCAGAAGAAGGCAACCCAAGAGGAGUUCACACGUAGAAAGAGAAUUGAGGCAGAGCUGGAGAAGAUGACACACAUCUGCAGAGAACAUACCACCACAAUUACCACACUGAAAUCUGUUCAGCUAGAGGCUUCCACCUCUGGAAGGAGGUAUGAACAGGACCUAAGGGCCCUGCAAGAGGCUCUGGACAAGAGCCUGAGGGACCAUAAAGUCACCAAGGAUGAACUGGCAGCUGUAACAGUUGAGCUGAAGACACUGAAACAGAAACUCCUGCAGGAACAGGCCCGGAUUCAUGAGCUCAACCUACGUAACGAGAGCCUGUAUAAGACCAUUGAGGAAAAGAGCCGCCAGCUCAACGAAUACACUACAGAGAUUGAAAAGCUGAAGACUCUGACACAGAACCUGACAAAGGAGAGACUGAGGCUGGAAGAGGAGCUGAGGACAGUUAGACAGGAGAGGGACGAGCUAAAGCUGAGCAAAGACACUAUUGAUGGAGAAAGUGCCACACAGAUCUCAGCCUUGCAUGUCCAGCUUCAGAGUAGCAACAAGAGGACAUCAGAACUCCAGGCUAUCAUCAAUGACCUGACCAAGGAGAGAGAAAAGAUUAAGUUGGAAAUAGACAAAUUCCAAAAGCAAUCUUUUGAGACAUCCAUCAGGGUGCAUGAGUCCCAGAGCCAAUACAGUGAGCUGCUGCUGGAGAAGGACAGUAUGCUAUCAAAGCUUAAACUGCUGGAGCAGGACAGGAUUCGUCAGCAGCGCCUAGAAGAGGAGCUCACCCGCAUCAAGCUAACACUUGAGACUGAGCUCCGUAACAAACAGCGCCUGCAGGAUGAAAAGAAUUCUGUCCUCAAGGAUUUCAACCACAUGAAGACCCAGUAUGAGCUGAGAGACAGCCAGAUUAGGCAGUUUGAAUCGGACAGAGACAAGGCGGACCGCGAGAGGCUUUCCCUGAAGAACGAGAUCGAGAGGCUCAUGAGGGAGCUGAAGACUGUUGAGGAGAGGUUUAAGAGCAGGCUGCUCAUGUCUGAGAAGGAGGCUACAGACCUGGCUCUUAAGAGAGAUGCCCUGGAGAGAGAGAUAAAGAGGCUGCAGCAGAGACCUAGCACUCUGACCAGGCAGACCCAGACAGAUGAGAAGGUCCCAACAAUUGAUCCAUCCAAGCUGAUUUUUGAUGGGGUGCGCAGAAAAGUCACAGCCCACCAACUUUGUGACUGUGGUAUAAUCAGUAAAGCCACUCUAGACCAGCUCCUAAAGGGACAGAAAACAGUGGGUGAGGUAGCUGUUGACAUCCAGCUUAGUCUGAAGGGCACUGGCAUUAUUGCUGGCAUGACAAGUGCUCAAGGGAAAAUGCCAUUUACUGAAGCCAAAAACAAGAAGCUCCUCAGCCCAGAGAGUGCCCUCAUGCUUCUGGAAGCUCAAGCAGCAACAGGCUACAUAGUGGACCCCGCAUUUAACGAAAAGAUGCCUGUGGAUACUGCCUGUUCCAGAGGAAUUGUAGACACAGAAGACAGAGACAUCCUGGUGACAGCUGAAGCUGCAAGCACAGGUUUUAAAGAUCCAUACACUGGCAAAGUGUUGUCUGUGGGUCAGACUUGCAAACAAGGCCGCAUAGACAAAGACACAGCCAUCCGCUUACUGCAGGCACAGGAGUCUGUGGGAGGCAUAUUGGAUCCUGUUCUGAGUGUAUUCCUUCCAAAGGAUCUGGCUUUGGAUCGCAAUCUUAUUGAUGAGGACCUCUACCGGGCUUUGAACAGAAAACCCACCUGCUACCUAGAUCCUGCAACAGGAGAGAAGAUAAGUUAUAAUGACCUCAGGAAGAAAUGUACAGUGGAACCUGUUAAUGGCUUGCUUCUGCUCCGUGGUAAAGAAAAGUCCCUGACAUUCAAGGGUAUCCGUGAGGAAGUCACUGUUGAAGAACUCGUCAAUUCUGACCUCCUGGAUAAAACUGACAUUGUGAAGCUGAAGCAGGGCUUGCUAACCAGAGAAGAUAUUGAGAAAAAGCUCAAGUCCUAUCUGUAUGGGUCUACCUGUAUUGCAGGUAUCUAUGAUGAGGCCAAUGAUCAAAUCAUGCCUUUUUAUCAAGCAAUGAAGGAAGGUCUGAUAAUGAGAGGAACCACCCUUGAGCUUCUCGAGGCACAAGCAGCUUCUGGUUUUAUCGUUGAUCCAGUCAACAAUCUCUUCUUGACAGUGGAUGAAGCCACAAAGAGAGGCCUGAUAGGGAAAGAGUUUAAGAAUAAGCUUUUGUCUGCGGAGAAGGCAGUGACUGGAUACAAAGACCCAUCCACAGGAAAGACAAUUUCCCUCUUCCAGGCUAUUGAGAAAGAUCUUAUUGAGAAAGGUCAUGGAAUCCGUCUGCUUGAGGCCCAAAUUGCCAGUGGUGGGAUUAUUGACCCAAAACAGAGCCACCGCAUUGAUCUCAAUGUUGCCUAUAAAAGGGGGUAUUUUGAUGAGGAGAUGAAUGAGAUCUUAGCUUAUGAAGGAGAUGACACAAAGGGGUUCUUUGAUCCUAAUACCAAGGAGAACCUGACAUAUCUUCAGCUGAAGGACAGGUGCAUGACAGAUACCAAAACAGGUCUAAUACUCUUGCCACUCAAAGACAAGAGGAAGCCCCAGAAGUCACAGGAAAGCCGUACCAAUGUCCUCCGCAAGAGGCGGGUUGUGAUCGUUGACCCAGACACUGGGCUGGAGAUGUCAGUUAGGGAGGCCUAUCACCGGGAGCUGAUUGACUAUGACACCUUCCUAGACUUGUCAGAGCAGGAAUGUGAGUGGGAGGAAAUAACUAUCCAGGGGUCAGAUGGCUCUUCACGUUUGGUGAUAGUGGAUAGGAAAACAGGAACCCAGUAUGACAUCAAGGACUGUCUUGAUCGUGGUAUCAUUGGCCAGAAGUCUUUGGAUCAAUAUCGUGCUGGAACGCUAUCCUUGACCCAGUUUGCUGACCAAAUUAUCAGCAAAACUAGCAGCUCUGAAAUGACCAUUUCAGCCAGCAAUGUCGAUGACAUGGUCACAUGCAGCAGCCCCACCCAGGGAGCACCGUCAUCUCCUACCGUCCGUAAACGCUUCAACAGUAUUUCUAUUACUGUCUCACCCCCUGAGAUGUUUGAUGAUCAGAGCCCUGUGGCAGCCAUAUUUGACACAGAGACCAUUGAGAAGAUAACUAUUGCUGAAGGGCUUCGAAGAGGCAUAGUUGACACAAUUACAGCACAAAGGCUGCUUGAGGCCCAGACAUGCACAGGUGGCAUUAUCAACCCUGCCACUGGCGAGAGACUAUCGGUGCAGGAUGCUGUCCACCAGAGCAUCAUUGACGAAAGCAUGGCUACUAAGCUGAAACCUGCCCAGAAAGCCUAUGUUGGUUUCGAGGAUGUGAAGACUAAAAGAAAGAUGUCUGUGGCGGAAGCAGUGAAGGAGACAUGGCUGCCUUAUGAGGCAGGUCAGAGAUUUUUGGAGUUUCAGUAUCUGACAGGAGGCCUGAUUGAGCCUGGCAAUGGACGUUGCAUUACCAUUGAAGAGGCUAUCCGCAAGGGUUGGCUUGAUGGUCAAGGGGCGCAAAAGCUUCAGGAUUCACGUAACCAUCAGAAGAACCUGACCUGUCCCAAGACAAAACUGAAGAUCUCCUACAAGGAAGCCAUGGACAGCUGCAUGGUGGAGGAAAGCAAUGGUAUGAAGAUGCUGCAGGCCUCUUCAAUGUCCACUAAGGGAAUCAGCAGCCCUUACAAUGUCUCUAACCCUGGAUCUCGCCCUGGGUCUAGGGCUGGUUCCCGCACUGGGUCCAGGAGUGGAUCUCGUAGAGGAAGUGUGGAUUAUUCCUCUACUUACACCUACAGCUACUCUUCCAACAGUACUGCCUAAAGCUCCAACACUGCCUCUUAAUGCAUAGCACAAAACAAGAGUCAAACUAGACUAAAAUUAUAAUUAACAGUAUCCAUGCAAUUUUACUGCUUUUUAAAAAUGGUUUGCUUUUCUAAAAGUUUUUCCUGCUACUUAUUAGAUUUAGGGAGGUUUGUUUAAAUACUGAAUCAAAUUCAUUUAAUUUUUCGUGGAUUGUUUUUAGUUUUUGGUGAAUUGGUGUUUGAAUAUGAAGCAAAAUGUUUAAUCCAUGCCAUUGUUCCAUUGCAUGAAUAUAUUUGUCAUAACUCGUUUUAACAUGCCGUUUUUUUAGAUUGUAGAUUUAUAUUUUGAAAAUAUGCUUGUUGAUCUAAAAUGAAUGUAGUUUGCCAGCUGGAUUCAUGUAUGUUUCCUUCUAUUUUUUAGAAAAAAUAAAUUGUUAAAAUCGUUAAUUGCAUAUGCUGAUGUUUGGCUUUAAAUACUGACUUGAUAAUGUAUGGAUCAACUAUUCUUUGCCAUUAAAAUUUUGUGUUAAGUGAUUAUCAAAAAAUAAAAUUUGUCACAAAAAAUUCCCA